GGCGGCGCGGUGCGGCCCGGCCCGGCGGCAGGGCCCUGCCCGGUACCUGGUGCUCGGUACCGGCCCCCUCCCGGAGCCCGCUGCCCUCCCGCCUGGCCCCGGCAUGUCGCAGGCCACUUACAACAAGAUAUGGACAGAUGCCCAGAAAGACCUCGACAUCCAGCUCCAGACGGAGAGAGAACAGUUCCUCCAGCCAGAGAAGGACCGCGUGAAAGUGUUCAAGAUGUUAGCUUCUUCCUACAUCAAAUACAUGCAGAUCUUCCGCAACUUGGAGGAGGCGCACGACCGACUUGUUCACCAGCAGAAACGGGCAGUGAUCCGGCGAGUGCUAGAUGGCGUGAUUGGCCGGAUCCUGGAGAUGAAGAAGGAGAUGGUGGCGCUGGAGAACUCCGAGUUUCAUUACAUCGAUAAUAUCCUAGAAGAUCUAAAGCUUCUCCCGGAAGACAUAGAAAUACCUAUCCCAAGGUAUUUCAUUAAAGAAAACCUGGAAGUCUUGCAGCAGAGAGAGACAAUGCUUGAUGAGAUUUUAUGUAAUGCUGGAUUGCAAACACAGAAACCUGUCAAGGCCAUGACAUUUGAAGAAGCCAUUAAAAUGAUCCAGGUCGCAGAGCGGGCUCGCCAGGGUCGUCAUAGAGCAGUAUUCAUGAAGCAAAUGUACCUUGAAGAAAAGACAAAAAGACAAACAAAACUUCAGGUACAGACUGGUCCAAACCCAGAUGAUGCUGCCACUUGCAUUCAAAAGGUUUGGCGUGGAUAUAUCCAGCGCAAGAAAACAGAGAAAAUGAGAGAAGAGGAAAUGAUAUUUCUGGGGAUGAGCCUACCUCCUCACUUAAAGGCAAUGAGCCCUUCACAGAUGCAUGCCAAGCAAGUAAAUGCCCUGCAAGGUGAGGUCCAGGAGAGAAACGAGGAGGUAUUUAUCAAGGGCAAGCUGAGAGAAACAGAGGGGCUUGACAUCAAGGAAACUCUCGAGGAUCAGAUCAGCCAAUGUUUCAUCGAGUGUCGGCACAUCAUAGGCAGGUUUCCUGACUAUCCUACCAAAGAAGCAGGAGGUUCAGCGACUAUUUUUUCUCAAAAAACCCCAGAGCAGGUUGCCACAGAACUGGCUGCCAAAAAGGAGAUGGCUCUGCAGAAAAAAUCCCAAAAGGAAGAAAAAGAAAAAGAGAAAGGAAAGGAAAAAACAAAAGGAAAAACACAGAAAACUGGAAAAAAGGAAGAGGAUGAGGGCUGGAAAAUGGCUCCCAGUAAUUUCCUUUCAAUAAUGGAGGAAGGAAGCAGUCAAUACAAAGCCGUUUGGCAGAACAGAGACGAGGGAUGGGAUUUCCUCCAGGAUCACGACCUGGAGCUGAUCAAAGAAGAGAAACGGGAAGAAGUGGAGGAAGAGAUCAGAGUGCAGGUUGAUGAAUUGAUGCAACAGAAACUAGAGAAUCUCAAACUGGCUGUGGAUGGAGAGAAGAGUGGCAAGCAGAAAAAAGGAAGAAAAAGCGAAAAGAAAAAAAAGACAGCAGGGAAGAAAAUAUCUGAGCUGGAAGAAGAUCUGACUCCUGACAGGACCAUCAAUUCUCUGUACAGGGAACUAGUGGAAGAAGGAGUACUAAUAAAACCCAAGACAGUGUAUCUCUCCGAUUACGUAGGCGAGUACAGCUAUCUGGGGACUACACUUCGUCAGGUAGAUACAGAGCCGGUGCCCUCUCUUGCAGAUGUCAGGCAGCUAAUAGCGCUGUAUGGGAUAUUGCCAUUAGGUUCCCAAACAGUUCAUGAGAAGGCUCCUUUGGUGAAAGCCUUAUUACUGGCUGGACCCGCUGGUGUUGGAAAGAAAAUGCUGGUCGAUGCCAUCUGCACAGAAACAGGAGCCAACCUCUUCAAUUUAUCUGCUUCCAACAUUGCUGGGAAAUAUCCAGGCAAGAAUGGCCUGCAAAUGAUGCUUCACAUGGUUCUCAAGGUGGCUAAGCAGCUGCAGCCUUCAGUCGUGUGGAUUGGAGAGACAGAAAAAACAUUUUAUAAAGCAGUGCCGAAGGCUGAAGAACAGAUGAACCCAAAACGUCUGGAAAAGAUUCUCCCCAAAUUCCUUAAGGCUUUGAAAGCACAGGACAGAGUGCUGCUAGUAGGAACCACCAGACGUCCCUUCGAUGCUAAUCUUAAAUGUUUCUGCAAAGUUUACCAGAAAAUUAUUCUGAUUCCUAGGCCUGACUAUGCUUCAAGAUUUGUGUUAUGGAAGCACAUCAUCCAGCAGAAUGGAGGAGUGAUCACCAACUUGCUGAACAUAAGCUGCCUAGCGAUGGUGUCUGACGGUUUCACCCAGGGACACAUCGUCCAGGUGGUGCGAGCUGUCCUGAGUGAGCUGCGCCUCCUGCAGAUGACCAGGAAGCCACUGCAGACUGCUGAGUUCAUGACUCCCCUGGCCAGACAGGACCCAGUGUACAAAGAGGAGGAGGAAACGUUUAAGAACCAUGAGAAGCAUAUGCUUUGUCUGCUGCCAAGUUCCAGACCAGAGGGGGUUUUGACAAGAGCUAUAUACCUCGGAAAUAGGGUUGAUCAUAGAACUUCUAACAUUUCCAUAACUAUAGCAACACAAAUGGCCGAGCUAAGUAUUCCUGUUAAUGAGACACACUUCAAGCGAGCAAUUGCUAUACUUCUUGUUAUAACAAUGUUCUCAAGAGAUCUAAGGAUUUCAUUUCUGCUUCUCCACAAACCAGCCAGGAUUUUAAGAUUUUUGCUUGGUAUGCCAAGACACCUCUGGGUAGAGCACGAAGCAGAGCACUGGCAAAGAGUGAGAAAGCAGGAAAGGGAAAAACAAAAUAAGAAAAUGAAGGAAAAUAGAAAAACUAACUUCCUCAAGACUUUUGCACACCAGUCACAGCUCUACUUCAGCAAAAAGCGGGGAGACGAUAGGAAAGCAGACACUUCAGAAUAACGCAUCACAAGUUACAGCCAUCCCAGGAAAGAGAAGUCAUUUCUGAAUGUAUUUUUAAAAGUUACAAAAUAGGAUGAGACAUCAAUGUGACAUGUAGCUCUCAGAGGAUAAAGAGUUAAUGGCCACUGACUUGCUCAAGCAUUAUUUAUUCUAAGAGGUUUUAGGGGGCACAGGGGUUCAUUACUCAGGACUGAAACAUGCCAUCAACUUUUAGGCUAUCCUCAUUUAUUUCAGCAAGUAACUCUCCUUAAAAAUUGAUGUCACAUUAAUGUCUUUCAUUACUUUAAUAUCCUAUAUGCUUUAUAAAACUAACUGCUUUAUAUAUCUGUAAGUCUAAUGUGUUACAGUUCUCAAUAAAACUAUUACGG